GUGCUGUUGUGACAAGCCCGCAGUGAUUCGCCAUUCGGGUGAUUAUGUGGCGGCAUCAGCGAUCAGCUCACUUGAGGCAGGUGUUGCAGGUUCACAGUUUUCAUGCCGGCAAGGUUCCCCAGCCUCCUGGUGCUGACACAUUCCUCUCGCGCCGAUUUCCGCUGAGGUUCUCCUUGGGGAGGUUGAAGCCGCGGGGAUGCCAGGGGCCCCCCGUUUUUCCCUGGGCCUCAAGUCUCGGGCGCGUAAGCCUCAAAUCGCGGCCGCAUCUCCUCAAGCUCCUGCAGGACUUGUAGCCAGCUGCGGACACUCCAGGCGCCAUGGCCGCGGGCUUUGCGUUCUUCGGGACCUGCGUGGACACGCCGCGGCUGGGGGAAGUGCGGGGCCUGGAGGCGCCGAGCCUCUUGGUGGUCUCAGACGGCCGCAUCUCCCAGCGCUGCAUGGGGGCAGAGGCCCUGGAGAGGCGCAGGCAGCUGGAGCAGGAGGGCGUGGAGGUGCGUGUCUUGGAGCAGGGCGAGGUGCUGUUGCCCGGCUUCAUCGACGGGCACAUCCACUUCCCCCAGUUCUGCUUCGCCGGGUGCGGCAUCGACAUGCCCCUCAUGCACCCCGAGGGCUUCCUGGCGAAGUACGCUUUCCCCACAGAGGAGAGCAUGGGCGAGGUGGAGAGGGCCAAGGUGGUCUACCGUGCAGCGCUGGAGGUGUUAUUGCACUGCGGCACGACCACCGCCGUGAUCUAUGGCAGCCUUCAUUUGGGGGCCUCCAAGGUGUUGGUGGAUGUGGCCCUUGAAAGAAAAGGGCCCAGGGCUUUUGUGGGCAAGGUCUGUGCUGACAGGUACUGUCCAGACACAUACGUUGAGGAGACAGAGCAGUCCUUGCAAGACACCGAAGACUUUAUUCAGUACACCCAGAGUCGCCGCACUGGCAGUGAAGCACCAUUCUUGGUGCAGCCAGUGGUGACACCUCGCUUUUUGCCAACCUGUACACCGAAACUUCUGCAGGGUCUUGGAAGGUUGGCCGACAAGUACGGGUGCAUCAUCCAGAGUCACCUCAGCGAAUCCAUCGACGAGGUGGAGUUUUCUGCUACCUUGUUCCCUGGCCAGACGGAUGCCGAGGUCUUCCACCAGUUCGGGCUCCUGAAAUCCCCGUCCAUGAUGGGCCACUCGGUGCAGCUGAUGCAGGGCGAGGAGGAGCUUCUGCGGCAGAAUGGCGCUGCCAUCGCCCACUGCCCCCUCUCCAACUUCUUCUUUGCCAGCGGGGCGCUGCCGGUGAAGCAGCUGCUCAAGCGUGGGGUGAAGGUGGCUCUGGGCACGGACAUCGCCGGAGGGUACUCGCCCUCCAUGCUGACUGCCAUGCGGUCCGCCGUGAUGGCGGCCAAGACGCUGCAGUUCCGCCACGUCAAGGGCUGCGCCUUUGGGACGGAGUCGGAGGCUCCCAGCGCGAAAAGGGCCAAAAACGCGGAGGCUCCAGCAGGCAGCAGCGAGGACGAGCUGAGCCACUUCGAGGCGCUGUACUUGGCCACCAAAGGCGGCGCGGAGGCGCUGGACCUGGGGCAUCUGCUGGGCAGCUUCGAGGUGGGGUGCCGCUUCGACGCCCUGCGGCUGCGGAGCCAGGUGGGCCCAAUGGCGUCGUUCCCGGCGUCCAGCCAGGCAGACAUGCUUCUCAAGAUCAUCACACUGGGGGAUGACCGGAACGUGAAGCAAGUCUUUGUGGACGGCGAAUUGGUGCACUCACUUUGAGCGAGCCAGGUGGUUGCUGCCCAAACGGGACUUCCGCCGCCAGAAGGGCUGGCCUUGAAGGCAAGCCUAAGUACUAGAGGUGGUUGUUGCCCCAAGCAGGACUUCCGCCCCUUAGGAGAGGCUGGUAGAAGGAGGGGAAGGCCUGGCGAUGUUGCAAAAGAAGAACCGCCGAAGCUGAAUUCGCGCGGGUGGAUUCGAUCAUGAUACUGUGGAU